GUUUGUAAUCUUGAAGAAUUAAAGCAGUCUGUAGAACAGAGGGCUUCUGCUGUCAGAAAGUCCAAAGAAGGAGCAGCUGAUUUAAAGAAGAGUUUUGAGGAGCUUUCUAAGAGUUUAGAAGACUAUGAAAAGGACUACCAGGGUGUGCUAGCUGGCAAGAGCAGCAGAAAUGAGAACAAAAAAUGCCUUGAAGACCAACUUGGUGAUGCUAAGGGUGAUGUUGAAAGUGUUGAAACUGAAUUGAAACAGUUGAAAACAAAAAUGUUGCUGAGAAAGAGCUCAAAGAGAAAACACGGUCAAAAGUUAAAGUCAUUGUUGCACAACUCAUCAAUAGCUCCACAAUGCUGCCCCAGAGGUUUAUAUUCACAAUGUUAAUUCGUGCUAGGAAAUGUUUUUUUGGCUCUGCGUGCCCCAUCACCCUACGUGUUUUGAGAAACAGAAGAGAGAGAGAGAGAGAGAGAGAGAGGAAGACAUGAGGAGUAAUAAGGUUCGUUUGAAUUGCGGGAUAACCAUGCCAGUUCUUGGAAUGGGCACAUAUUCCUACGAAAAUGAUAAGAAGACAACAGAACUUGCCAUCCAUACUGCUCUCAAGAUGGGUUACAGUCACUUUGAUACAGCAAAGAUUUAUGGUUCUGAACCUGCCCUUGGAAAUGCUCUAAGAAAGGCAUUCCGCGAUGGGGUUGUUGCGAGGGAAGACGUUUGGGUGACAUCAAAGCUGUGGGGGAGUGAUCACCAUGAUCCAGUCUCUGCACUCAAGGAAUCUCUCAAGAAGUUGAGGAUGGAAUAUGUGGACAUGUACCUGGUUCACUGGCCAGUCAGGCUGAAGCCUGGUGCUUCUUGUGCCAUCCCAAGUGAAGACGAGUUUGAGCAAAUAUUGAAUAUGGAGGAGACAUGGGAAGGCAUGGAGAAGUGCUUGGAGAUGGGCAUGUGUAGGUCCAUUGGUGUCAGCAAUUUCUCCAGCACGAAAAUCCAACAACUAUUAGAUUAUGCUUCGGUCCCCCCAGCCGUCAAUCAGGUAGAAAUGCAUCCAAUGUGGAAGCAAGACAAGCUUCGCAGCUUCUGUGCAGACAACGGGAUUCAUGUUAGUGCUUAUUCACCCCUGGGUGGACCAGGCAAUGCAUGGGGAUCAACAGCUGUGGUGGAACAUCCAGUCAUUCAGUCCAUUGCUUUCAAACACAAUGCCACUCCAGCUCAGGUUGCUUUAAAAUGGGGAUUAUCCAAAGGAUCAAGUUUGAUUGUAAAGAGUUUCAACCAAGACAGGAUGAAGGAAAAUAAGGCAGCAGACCGUCUAAAAUUGGGUAGGGAUGAUAUCCGUGCAAUUGAUGAAUUGGAAGAGAGAAAGAUCAUGAGGGGCGACCAUCUGAUUAAUGAAACAACAAGCCCAUACAAGACUCUUGAAGAUCUUUGGGAUGAUGAGAUUUAAAAGAAAGGUUUUCACGCUUUCAAAAUCCCUAGUUGCCUCUAUAAUAAUCUAAAUAUGUGAAUCUCAGGGGGAAGUGGCAGAAAACUUCAUAAAAUCCCUGUUGACAUUUCAUAUGGUGGGUGCCCUAAUUAAAGUGGUUCUGUAAUCAUGCAUUGUGCUAGUAAAUCUAUUCUCUGAUAUGGUAUUUUAUAGUGAAUAUAAGAGUCAUUUCAAUGAA